CGGUUCAGAACCUUUCAGACCCUGUUCUCCUCUUCUCAGUCAGAGCUGGGGGCUCGGCGGCGGGUCCGCAGCCUGCUGUCGGCCCGCAGCAGCAGCGACGAGUUUGACGAGGAGCCGCGGCCCCAGAGGGCCACAGAGCUGGCAGCCAGGUCCCACCCGGGGGCCAGUCCCAAUGAGGAGGAGGAAGAGGAAGAGGAGGAGGAGGAGUCCGACUCUGAAGACUCUGAUGAGGAUGAAGAUGAGGAGUCUUCGCAGGCUCUGGAGUACGACCCGGCGGACUACGCCAACCUGCCCGUCAGCACCGACAUCAAGGAGCUGUUCCAGUACAUCACACGGUACACUCCUCAGAGCUUCGAUCUGAAGCUCCGCCUCAAACCGUUCAUCCCAGACUUCAUCCCGGCUGUGGGCGACAACGACGCCUUCCUGAAGGUCCCCCGUCCGGAUGGGAAACCAGACUCUCUGGGUCUUCUAGUUCUCGAUGAACCUAGUGUGAAACAGUCGGACCCUACGGUUCUGUCGCUGUGGCUGUCCGAAGAGAGCAAGCAACACGGAAGUGCUCAGGUACACACACCUGCAGACACACACACCUGCAGAGAAACACACACCUGCAGACACACACCUGUAGACACACACACAACUGUAGACACACACCUGUAGACACACGCACACCUGCGGACACACACACCUGCAGAGAAACCCGUGUGAGUCUUUGGUCCCGUGUGUGUCUUUGGCCAUGUGUGUGUCUUUGGC